AUUGAAGCGAAGAAAAGAAAAAAUGGAUCUAACGUGACCAAGUGGUAGUGGCAACGCCGUAUUAUGUCCCACUUGAACUGGACUUUCUUACUUACCUUUGUAAAACUUUAAGUUGUAAAGUAAUUAAUUACAUUUUUGCACAUAGAUCUAAUAGAACUUUUGGAUUUUAAGAGUUUCAAUAUGCCUGUUUUUGAAGUCACUGAUGGAGAGGCGUCGCAAGUUGUAACCGCGGUGAAGUUUUCCCAUGGAGAUCCGAUGCGAGUCAAAGGUCGUAGUCAGAUGACCUGGCAGUUCUACCGACAGAAAAAGUCCAAUGCUCAGAAAGGGAAAGAAAAAAGAAUCGUGACGGCUAAAGUGGAUGACAUGACAUAUGUUGGAAAGAACUUUGGCGCCAGUGCAAAUUCUUCGGCUGAUUCAUGCGACUACUACAUGGGCGUUCUCGACAAGACGACGGGAAAAAUGAGAGUUCUUCCAGCUCAGCUUUUUCAUUUGGAGCCUUGGUUUGAAGAGAGUGAAACUAUUGGCGAGUCCAAUGCAGACAAAUCUUACAGAGACAAGACUGAUGACCUGACAAAGGAAUUUGGCUCAGGUCGCAACCAGCGGGCAGUGCUGAAGCGACAGCGGAACAAACUGGACGAGGAAAUGUUGUCGGUGACGACCAAAUCUGUUGCAGAGACCUCCAUCGUACAAGAAGAGGCUUCUGGCAAAGCUGGCGAACUUAUUGUCACAGAGACUUCGGCUGUUCCCCCUCACAACAAAGAGGCGAGUCGGCCAGAGGAUGUCUACAAGCUCAAGGACAUCAUCAGCCCAGAGAUCAUGGGUCCUCUGUCAGAACAGUGUCAAGCUCUCUUCAACGGCACCAAGGAGGAUAUUGAGGCUUGGACCAGGGAGAAAGCGUUCCCCCAGUUUAUCCUCAACAAGUUGUCUACCCUGUCGGUGCGAGAAGACGCCAGACUGCUUCAGUGCCAGUGCCUCAUCUACCUGAACUGUCUGAUGAAGAUGUUUGUUAUGAAGCACCAGCAGAUCAGACUCAAGGAUCCUCUCCCGUCAGAUUGGAAAUUUCCCAUCAAGAAACAUAUUUUGAACCAAUUUACUCUGGAGACUGUUGAGAAUGGCCGAAAGAGAAGACAGUUCCCGGGUCGUCUGAAGGAUCUGAUGCUGUCCCACAUCCUGGUGCUAUGCCUCAAGCUGAGCAGCUUCCAGGUCAACUUGAACACGUUACUGGCCGACCUUAACGUUGCAAGAAAGAGACUGAUCACCCACAGCACAAUCCUAGGCUGUACUGUGAAAAGUGCCAAAAACCCUGCCGGUGCGAUGGAGGGUAUGAGCUACAUCGCCUCUCUCAGCAUCCCACUUAAGUUUCCCGAACUGAAGAUGCACUCGAAGAAGUCACGCUUUAUGUAACCUGCCUGAUUAUGAUGAAUGUCUGUUGAAAUAAAAUGUAGCCUACUUUUGUAAUGGGGGAAAAUGUUGAGAGAGAUGGUUGUUUGAAGUAUGUCUUCCAUGUGCAUGUAAAGUAACUGUGGGCAUGGUUGUUGAUUCUUGUUGCUGAAUGCAAGAAUUAUAAUAAAGAGUAGAAAUUAAAUUGUUGAGAAAAGCG